AUGGAUAACCUAGCUGUUGAUGAUGACCUAGCCGGUGAUAACCAAGCCGUUGAUGACCUAGCUGUUCACGAUCUCGCAGAAAAUAAUGACCUUGCCGAUGAUAACCUUGCCGUUGAUAACCUAGCUGCUAAUGAUGACCUAGCCAUUAAUUACAACUUAGCCGGUGAUGAUGAUUUAGCCGCUGAU